CUUGACGCGCAAUCAUCAUGUCAGAUCAGUCUUUGCCUCCCGGUGCUCUGGAAGCAUUACAACGCCCUUCGAAUGCUGGAGACCGCUCCAUAAUUCGCAAACUAUCUGAUUUCGAUCAAGGCUUACUUGCGGUUUCUGCAUCGCACGAUAAGAAUCUGGGAGAAUCGACACACAAAUUUGACCUUCUUUGUCCCCGUAAUGGAUGCGGUAGCGUCAUCUUGAAAGCGGGCGUCGGCCGAUGUGUAGAGCGUGAUAGCGUCGAGCUCGAUAUUGCAAAGGAGCCUCUUCACCCAGACCUGCCAGCACUGCCAGAUCCACCUGCGACUACGCACUGGUGGUUGGUGACUCCAAAUAUAAUGGACUUUGAGAACAUUGGUUUUACAAAGCCUGUCCAGAAAGACGUUGCAGCACAAAAGCUCAAGUUCCUGAUUUGUGCAGAGUGCGACCUUGGUCCAUUGGGGUGGUGCGAAGAAGGGGGUCAUGAAUUCUGGCUAGCUUGUUCACGUGUGGGAUAUCGCUGAGACACAUUCUGUCAUGUUAAUUGGGAAUUAGUGUUUACAGACCGAUACUGAACAAGUCACGAAGCAGGAUAAGAAAUAACGACUGCAUGUGUAGCAACGAACUGGGAUCUGCCGAUGCUGAACCUCGCUGAGGUGGCACCUCAGAAGGCUUGACUCUCACCGUGACUAUGUUCAAAUCCGUCUGCCCAGAAUAGACUCGAGAGACCCUAUGAAAUGAGCUUAGCCAUGAAAGACCCCGACGUGUUUAUUGAAUCUCUCCAGCGGUCUUGUGGAGUUGUGACGCAUAUCACAUUGAUGGAUGCUCGAAGUUCUGU